AUGGAUGUCAUUGGCCCAAUUGAGCCACCCGCCUCUAAUGGACAUAAAUUCAUUUUGGUUGCCAUUGAUUACUUCACCAAGUGGGUGGAAGCAAAUUCUUACAAAUCUGUGAUGAAGAAGAUUACUAACCGAAAUUUGACUGCUUAUCGUCCUCAAAUGAAUAGAGUCGUAGAAGCUGCCAAUAAGAACAUCAAAAAGAUUUUGAGAAAGAUUAUUGAUAAUCACAGAGGUUGGCAUGAUAUGUUACCAUAUGCUUUGUUGGGAUACCUAACAACUGUUAGAAAAUCAAUCGGAAAAACUCCAUACUUGCUAGUAUAUGGGACAAAAGCAGUGAUACCGGUUGAAGUUGAAAUACCUUCAUUGAGGAUCAUUCAAGAAGCCAAACUGAGCAAUGCUAAUUGGGUUUACAAGGAUAACAAGAGAUCAUCAUGUUCAACAAAUAUGGGAAAGUCAGAAGAGAAAAAGCGCCCAGGACUGACAUUUUCUUUAUGCAUGAAAGCUACAAGACUUCUCGAGGAGGUACAUGAUGGAGUCUAUGGACCUCAUAUGAAUGGGCUUACCUUGGCAAAGAAGAUCCUUCGAGCUGGUUAUUUUGGAUGA